CCGUUCGCGUCGAAGACCUACGCGAUGAUCAACGGCUUGGACGGCACCGUGGGCGGCUGGAGCGACGCGGGCGACUCGAUGGUCAUCUUGGACGCGGAGACGCUCGCGUCUGAGGUCAUCCCGCAGUACUUCAAUCACAACAACUUCAAAAGCUUCACGCGCCAGCUCAACUACUACGGCUUCCGCGCGCUCCAGGGCUUCCGAUCGCCGUGGGAGUUCAAGCACGUCAACUUCCGCCGGGGCCGGCCCGAGCUCCUCGUGCAGAUCCGGCUCGCGAAG